AUGAGUUUAAGUAAUCAAAUCAAUAAAAUCAAAAUUGCCUUAUUCGUUGAAUGGUUAGUUAGAAUUGAAAUUCCAGCUAGUCAGCAAGACCAAAUCUUUCAAAACAAAAACUAUUCAUUAGAUGAAAAAACUAACUACACCGUAGAAAAAAUUGAUAAUUUAGAAAUAACUGGCUUUCGGGGUUCUUCUUAUGUUUCUUUAAAGGGAAUGAUUGCUUUAAAAAGUAAAGAAAAAAACACUAAACAAAUUGCUUUUAUUCUCCAUUCGCAUAAGCAAACUUUACAAGAUUAUUUAAUGGCUAAUAAAUUCAAAGACUAUUUGCCCCAAACUAAUGUUCAAUUUCGAGAAAGAACUUUCUUUACUUGGCAAAAGUUUUUGGCUCUGUUUCCGGACACGGCAAUUGGAGAUAUUUUGUCGGGCGAAAACGAAGCGAGAAAGAAACAGGCCCAAGAGGAAGAAGCCAAAAAGCAAGCGGCCGAAGAAAGAAAAAAAUAUAUUAUUGAUUCCCAAGAUAGAAAAAACAAAAAAUUUCCCAUCGAACCCGAACAUGUGCUCCUUUAUGGUCCACCCGGCACUGGCAAAACUUUACUAGCCCAAGCGGUAGCCAAGGAUUCGGGUUCUUUCUUUGCUUACGCGACUGGUGGACAAUUUGCUGGUAAAGACCGAAAAGAAAAAGAGGAAAGGAUAAAACUGUUUCUGAGCGGAGUAGUUAAAGAAACCAAAGGCGAACCCUGUAUUUUAUUUAUUGACGAAUUCGAAAAAAUGAGCGAGGGCGAAGAAACCGCUACUAACAAAGCCGAACAAAUUGAUUUAGCUCUCUUUCGUUCGGAAAGAUUUGGCAAAAAAUUAUUAAUUACUUUUCCGGAAAAAGAUGAAUUAAAAGAUAUUGUUGAAACCACUCUAAACUCAUUUUAUGACGAAGUUCACCCAGAUGGACCCGGGCUUUUUGGCAACAAAGAUAAGGCAGUUUUUGUGAAAGAAUUUUCAGCUUUUAUUUUUAAAGAAAUCACCGAAAAUAAAGAGUACGAAAUAGACCCAAACGAAUUAGUUGGAGCCGACAUCAGAAAAAUAAUUUACAAAGAGGCGCCGGCCAUUGCCUAUUCGCGGGGAAGAAAAGCUAUCAAUAAUGAAGAUUUCAAAAAAGCGAUAAAAUAUACAUUUGAAUAUAACCGAGCCCAGGGUCUCCAACAAAAAGAAAUGAAGGUUAGUUUAGAAAAAAUGCUAUUAAAAACUAAAUUACAUAACAUGGAUAAGCAAAAAGAAUUCACUAAAUUUCAGUUUCAAGUUUACCAACUUUGUACCCAAAUACCCCCCGGCUAUGUUUCAACUUACAAAAAAAUUGCCGAAAUUUUGCGGAGUUCUCCCCGAGCAGUAGGGCAAGCUUUACGAAAGAAUCCUUUUGCUUCCGCAGUAGUUCCUUGCCACCGGGUGAUUGAAACAAAUUUUUUUCUUGGUGGUUAUCGCGGAAAAGAACUAAAUAUCAAAAAAAAGAAAUUAGCCAAAGAAGGAGUUUUUUUCACCCCCAAAGGCUACCUCCAAAAAGAUUUACGAGCAGAAAAGAUUUUUAAAAAUUUUAUGGCUUCAUAA